UUCCCCUCUGUGUCCCUGGCGUACGAGAAGGCCGAGAGUGACAUCAUGCACCUGCGUCCGCGGAACCCGAAGCGUGACCGAUUAGUCAACGAGCCCCUGGCUGCCUACUCCUACUUCCAGAUCGGUGCCAUCCAGUCAUUCGCUGGCUUCACUGACUACUUCACGGCCAUGGCCCAGGAGGGCUGGUUCCCAUUGCUGUGUGUGGGGCUCCGGCCACACUGGGAGGACCACCACCUACAAGAUCUGCAGGACAGCUAUGGCCAGGAGUGGACGUUCGGGCAGCGCCUGUACCAGCAGUACACCUGUUACACCGUGUUCUUCAUCAGCAUCGAGAUGUGCCAGAUCGCCGACGUCCUCAUCCGCAAGACACGCCGCCUCUCUGCCUUCCAGCAGGGCUUCUUCAGGAACAGGAUCCUGGUGAUCGCCAUCGUGUUCCAGGUCUGCAUCGGCUGCUUCCUGUGCUACUGCCCCGGAAUGCCCAACAUCUUCAACUUCAUGCCCAUUCGGUACCAGUGGUGGCUGGUCCCCAUGCCCUUUGGCCUCCUCAUCUUCGUCUAUGAUGAGAUCCGGAAACUUGGAGUUCGCUGCUGCCCAGGGAGCUGGUGGGACCAGGAACUCUACUAUUAGAAGGACCGCUGCCUUCAAGCCAUCCUCGAAUCCACCACAGUAGGGGUGGGGGUGGGGGACACAUGGGACCCUCCGGACAGCCACCAAAACAUCUGAGCAGUCAAGAGUCCCAGCCCCACCUGCGUCUGCUCUCGUAGCCCACGGCAACCCAACCUUGGGGAGACCCUCCCCACUCCCCUUCCCCAUCCACCCUCCCGGAGGAGCAGUCCCUGGGCCCAGUCCUCUGAGCUGGCCUCAGGGAAGCCCCCUCCUGAAUGGUGGGGGGACUUUGAAGGGGAGUGGGAACUAGCAGCUCCUGUGACGUGGCUCUGUCCUUAGGACUCCAGGCCAGCAAGAGGGCUGCUUGGGGGGUCUUCUUUAAAAACACACUCAUGUCUGCAUGAUAGUAAUA